AGUGCUACGAUCACAAAGCAGAAUAUUUCCAAAGCUACCAAAUAUUUCUAAUUUGAGUUUGCAUUAUGUACGUUAUGAAAAGACGAAGAAAGUAGGAUAAAUUGUCAUCUUUUAAGUCUUAUUUUAUUCAUUGUGUGUCGUGUAACGUGCGUGAACAAGCAGAGGAGACCGCUGGGAAAUGUAGUUUUAGCACACAACUAGCAAAUAGCUACAGGCUCAACUUCAACCUGAGUUCUCCGAUAUCCAGUAACAACUUCAGUUCAGAAAAUGGGCUGUGUAUAGAUGGCUGGCAGCAAUGACUGAUGGAUUUGAUGAAGAUGUUGUGUUUGAGAAUUCACCAUUAUUUCAGUACCUACAUGAUCUGGGCCACACUGACUUUGAAGCAUGUCCAAUAGCAUCCCGUGAAAAAGAAUGCGUUGAACUGGAGGAAGACAUUAGAGCUCUCAGUAAGGGAAAAAAUGUGAAGGGGGGACCAUUAUGGAGACUGGCUGAUGCCUUAUGGCAAUGGACCCCUUUUUACCAGGCUGUCAAAACCAGAAAGCUGCAACAACAGCUGGACACUGUCUUUGGCCAAUAUUCUGUGAGAUGUAUUUUGGACCAAGAUGUGCUUCUGCAAGAGGAUGUGGAGCUGAUUGAGCUGUUGGACCCAAGCCUCCUCACCCUAGGAUCAUCACCAUCGGCCUUUGACAGCCGAGCUAAGACCGUUCCCAGACCCGGCUUUAUUUUCAAGCCUUCAAUUUGGGACUUGACGGGACUUGUUGGCCUCGCUGCAGUGCUUAUCAGUGUGUGCUCUGAUGGCCUGUGCUCACUAGCUGCAGUGUCAUGGGGCCUGGCUCUGUUGACCUGGGUUGGUCUCAAAGGGACUGUCUUUUGGAGAGAGAGGGGCAUGCAGAAAGAUGUCUACCUGAGAACGACAGAGCUCCAGACACUAGUUCAUAACAGCAAGACUUUAACUGGCCUGUCCCGCAAAGCUCUUCGACUGGUUCAAGAGACUGAAGUCAUCUCCAGGGGUUUCACCCUGGUGAGUGCAGCUAGCACAUUUAGCAGGGCAGCGCCAGGAACAGCACCACGUGGGCAACAGCUGAUUGGACUAAGGAAGACCUUGUACAGGGUUCUCCGCACAGCAUUCAGGGCCUCACGUAGAGCUACCUGUCACAUGCUCAAGGCCUACCCACUGAACUCUGAAAUUGACAAUGUGACCAAUUACGUAUCUGCGGUUCCUCUGAAGGAGCUUGGACUGGGAUUGGGACUCGAGCACUUGGGUGAUGAACAGGCCCAGGAGCUGACUGAUGACUAUAGCCUUCCUGCCCUUAAGAUUCUUUUCCAGUUGUGGCUGGGACAAAGUUCUGAAUGUUUUCGCCGUCUUGCCCUCCUCUUGUCACCUCAACAUGUGGAGGAGCUUGUAGAAAAUGUACCAAAAGAAGAAACUGUUCCUUUGUCACCACUUUAUCAGACAAUUUCUGUAGUGACUGAGCCACUCCACAAUACACUGGCCAAGUGUCUCAGUGACAUGCAACGCAGCUAUGAUUUCCAUCGCCAUUUUGAAACACAGACCAAGGAGGGUAUAUCUCACAGGGCGGGAAGGGCCAAAGAAAAAUGUAGAGAUCUCAACACUUUGCAUACAUCCAUUCGAAGUCUGCAACUGCAUCUCAAGACACUGCUUAGCGAGAUGAUUAUUCUGGAAGAUGAUCUAGAAAAAAUGAUGGUUUCUGAAGAGCCCACAGAGAUGCCAUUUGAAGGCUACCAGGACCUGAGUGAUCGGCUUCACCAGCUCCAGCCACAUAUGCAGGCAAGCACAGGCUGCUGGGAGGACACCAUUGGACAAGUGGAUCGCAUGCUGAAAAGGGCCAACAUCAGUUCAGGAGAUCCUAAAGAUGCAAAACAAUGCUGUCCACCUACUUAUGACAUCUCAGAUCUUCCUCAAUCCUAUCCUAUAAUCCUUGAUAAAGACCCUGUGCCAGAAGAGAUGGAAUUGGAGGCAUAUGUCUCUGACUCAGAUGCAGAUAGUGAAGGGAGGGGAUCCUGGUGUGAUAUGUUGUCACCAGAGGAGCGUGAUCGUCAACGGAGAGAAAGAGAGGAGUCACGUCGUGUCCUGUCAGAGCUCAAAUCUGUACUUUGCUUCCGUGCUUCAGAGGGGGAGAGGAUGAAGAGGAAACAGCUGCUGUUCAGUGAUCAAGCUGCUGAGCCACUUACAUCCAACAGUGAAACUUCUGACUCUACUGCCUCGACUCCAAAACCUACACUGACCUUAAUUUCAGUGGAGCCUGGCAGAGAAGAAGGAAAGCAUUUAUCAGAGUACAGCACAGGAAAUAAAGAGGAAGGAAAAGAAGGCACUGUGGGACCGGACCCUUCAGAGACAUCAGUGAUGGAGUUCAGUUGUGGUUUAGAACCAGAGGAAGAGCAGACAGGACAAGGUUUGAUAUCCAAAAGAGGAGGAGAAGGAGCAUCUGAGCAUCACCAAUAUGAUGGGAUCCCAGUGGAGGAGGCUGAGCUAAAUAGUUUAGGCAACUUUAUUAAAGAUAACGUACCAGCUGUUUCCGUAAUGGACCGACUGACUGAGAUCCACGGCUCACAGGCUCUAAGCUUUAGCUCAGCCUUGGCUUCACAAGUUGCUGCACGGUCACGUUCAAUAAUGACAAUGGAAGAGCAGACCUUUGGAGAUGAUGAUGAUCAUAAUGAUUAUGAUGAUGAUGAAGAGGCUGACUAAACUAUGAAAUUUCAUUUAAAGUAUGUCAAACUAAGACAAUGAUUGUAUUUAUGUUAGAUUGUCACAAAUAAGAUAAUCUAUAUCUUGUCUCUAAAAUCUGUGUCUUGCAAAUACCUGUCCAAAAACAACAAUACAGCCCAUGACAGUUAUGACACAACUCAGGUAUUAUAACCACUAAAACCAUAUUACUAGAAAGCAAAAUAGAUGUGCAUUUUCACGACAAUCGACGAUAAUAAAGAAGCAUGGAUUCUGCAGAAGAGCUUCUUGGUGGAUUUUAUGAAUGUCUUGUCAGUUUGUUUAAUGCAGUUGAGAUUGCCAAUAGAGGUAAAAUAAUGUAAUCCAAAGUCAUAUAAAAAGAGACAAAGAGUACUAUUUUAUGUUGUAUUGCUUUUGCCUAUGCAGUUACAGUUCGUUAUUGCUUUCAUGAAAGAAUGUUUUAAAAAGCUUAACCUUGAAACUUCAUCUCAGCUGUAGAUAAGGAUCCCAAACAACUGUAUAUUUUGGUUAACUCUAGUAAACAGUUUUUGACAUCAUAUUUACCCAGUGACUUGAUAUUUCAUCUAAUCUUUACUUCCCCUAAAAUGAUUGAGUUGGAAAAACUGAGAUUUCCUGGCUAAUACUACUAUGUGUGUGUGACAGAAACUACAGAAACGUUUCAAAGUAUGUUACAUUCAGGAGAAGAAACCAGUUUGGUAGGUUACAUGAUACUUCCACAGGGAUACUGUUUAUGAACCCACCCUUGAACAUACAAGGCUCUUACCUUGGUUGACACAGGAUCCGUAUUAUUCUGUAAAAUGUAUUUUAUUUGUUCAGGCACCAGAUGGCACCACUACAUUGUGAACAGACUUUCUGGUUCGCUAAGUAAAACUUUA